UGACUUGAGUCUUUUCCCUUGACUGAGGGAUUUUGACUCUCCUUUUUUGGUUUCAAAUUCUUCAAUUCUUUAUCCUUGUCAGACUAUUUCCACUUUCACAUACACUCUAGUUUUCUAUAUUUGAUGGCAUCAAGCUCUAUGACAUCUUCACGAAGCUCUGGUUCCUCCUGGACACAGAGACAAAACAAACAAUUUGAAGAAGCUUUGGCUUACUACAACAAAGACAGUCCUGAUCGCUGGCAUAACAUCGCAAGGGCUGUAGGUGGCAAGUCAGUGGAGGAGGUGAAACGACAUUACGAUAUCCUUGUGAGGGAUAUCAUGCAAAUUGAAUCAGACCAAGUGCCUUUACCCGAUUAUAGGGAUUUUGGAAACAACGGCCGUGGAUUUGCUAAUAAUCAGAGGCUUCUGAAGAAUCUAAAGUUACAAUGACACUUUGCUUCGGAGGAUCUUUAUAUUACAACAAUAACAAGAUCAUGGGAGAAGAAAAGGGGGCUUAGUGGAAGAAAGUGGAUGAUGUAGUAAUAUGUGUGUUUGUUUGUCGAUUACUCUAUAUACAACUCUGUUCCUAAUUCAGUCAUUGCAAAUUUAACUCCAAAAAGAAGUUUAAAUUUGUAAAAAAAUGGAUGGUAAUUAGUAUUAUGUUAUUAUAACAUUUUCUCAAUUGUAAUGUAAUCUCAUAUUUAAGAAUCUAUGAUAGUGCGUGGUUUUCAUUUC